AUGCCGCUUCCGCCCCCGUGCGCGCGCGCGCGCGAUGGAGAAUCGUCCGAGCACGCGUGGCGCGUCUUUGACGACGCGCUGACGACGGCGGAGGCGUUGACGGCGUCGCGUUCGGUCGUUUCAACCACCGAGGAUGGGCGUCUCAGAGCGAGUGUACGCGAACGCGGCUUUGGUUUCGUGCGUGAUCUCUCUCGGAGCGCGUCCGAGCGCGCGCGGGACGAGAGAUUAGCGCGUCGCGCGAAGGCGCUCGCCGAGAGAGGGUUUGAUCCGACUUGGAUCGCGGUGUGGGAUGAUUUUUGGGACGCGUUGAAGGCGCUCGGCGCGCGGGUGCGGGACAGGGCGUUCACGGGAUUGGUGAUGAAUUACGACGUUUUGGUGUGGGUGGUGGAUCCGACGACGGAUGAAAAGACGUCUGCGUUCGGUCCACAUCGGGAUCGGCAGCCGGAGGACACGAAGGGGUCGUUUAGGGGGGAGGAUGGACAGGCGAGGUACGUCACGGCUUGGGUGCCGCUUUUUCACGACGCGACGACGAGGAAUUCGUGCUUGUACUGCGUCCCGCGAGAGUGUGAUCCGGGGUACUUUGAAGGAGACGACGACGAUGGUGAUGAUCCAAUGCGCGUGGCGCUAAGCUCGAAGGAGAAGUAUCAGCACGUCACGGCACUUCCCGUAAAAGCGGGGGAGUGCGUCUUGUUUACGCAUCGCCUCAUUCAUUGGGGCUCUGUGGGUCAAGGCGAAGAGGGUGAACCGAGAGUAAACUUUAGCGUCGGCUUCGCCGAUGAUUUCGAGCCGCCCUAUCUCAAGGACUCGCCCGAGUACCCGACGCACGAGGAGCGAGUCGCGCUCGUCGCGGGGCAGUUGAUUUGCUACCACGAACGAUUUCCAUCGUCCGCGAAAGAUUUAUCCAUGCUGAAGAAGCUUUUCGACGCCGCCAAGGGCUCUUUUCAUCCGAAUUACGUCAAGAAAGUGACCAAAGAGUUCGCUUCGGCCGCGUUCGAAGGUGAAAGCGACGAGGACGAUGCCAUCGACGAUGCGCUCGACGCGAUGAUUGAAAACGUCGACGAUUUCGACGACGACUUCGACAGUUUCGAGGAUGGUGUUCCCGGGGACGAGUUCGGGCGCGCAGAAGCGAGCCAAAGCGACGACGACUACGGAAAAGAUACGGUAGCGAAGAGGCGACGCGAAUCAUAA